AUGGCUUCCAACAGCAUCUUCGACUCCUUCCCCAACUAUACGCCAACCUUCAUACGAGACCCGAGCACCAGCCGCCGCUUCACUCCCCCCUCCACGGCCUUCCCCUGCGGCGGCGGCGGCGGCGGCGGCGGCGGCGGCGGCGGCGGCAAGAUGGGCGAGAACAGCGGCGCGCUGAGCGCGCAGGCGGCGGCGGGCCCCGGCGGCCGCACCCGGCCCGAAGUGCGCUCGAUGGUGGACGUGCUGGCGGACCACGCGGGAGAGCUCGUGCGCACCGACAGCCCCAACUUCCUCUGCUCCGUGCUGCCCUCGCACUGGCGCUGCAACAAGACGCUGCCGGUUGCCUUCAAGGUGGUGGCACUGGGGGAAGUGCCUGACGGAACGGUGGUGACCGUGAUGGCCGGCAAUGAUGAGAAUUAUUCCGCCGAGCUGCGCAACGCGUCCGCUGUCAUGAAGAACCAAGUGGCCCGGUUCAACGACCUACGCUUUGUGGGCCGCAGUGGGCGAGGGAAGAGUUUCACGCUUACAAUCACCGUGUUCACCAACCCUACCCAAGUGGCCACCUACCACCGAGCCAUCAAGGUCACUGUGGAUGGACCCCGGGAACCCCGACGGCACCGGCAGAAGAUAGAGGACCAGACCAAGGCCUUCCCCGACCGCUUCGGAGACCUGCGCAUGCGUGUGACACCAAGCACCCCCAGCCCCCGUGGCUCCCUCAGCACCACGAGCCACUUCAGCAGCCAGGCCCAGACCCCAAUCCAAGGCUCCUCAGACCUGAACCCCUUCUCGGACCCCCGCCAGUUUGACCGCUCCUUCCCUACGCUGCAGAGCCUCACAGAGAGCCGCUUCCCGGACCCCAGGAUGCACUACCCGGGAGCCAUGUCUGCCGCCUUCCCCUACAGCGCCACACCAUCGGGCACCAGCCUGGGCAGCCUGAGCGUGGCGGGCAUGCCGGCCAGCAGCCGCUUCCACCACACUUACCUCCCUCCGCCCUACCCCGGGGCCCCGCAGAGCCAGAGCGGGCCCUUCCAGGCCAAUCCCGCGCCCUACCACCUCUUCUAUGGCGCCUCCUCCGGCUCCUACCAGUUCUCUAUGGCAACUGCGGGAGGUGGCGAGCGCUCGCCCACCCGCAUGCUGACCUCCUGCCCCAGCGGCGCCUCGGUGGCAGCAGGCAACCUCAUGAACCCCAGCCUGGGCCAGGCUGAUGGCGUGGAAGCCGACGGCAGCCACAGCAAUUCGCCCACGGCCCUGAGCACGCCGGGCCGCAUGGACGAGGCCGUGUGGCGGCCCUACUAAGCACUCCGGGGACUCUCGGGCCAGCCAAACCCGUCCCUCCAGCCCGAGGUUACAAGAAGAAACAGACUUUGGCUUGGUCCCAGGGGCCAGAGCUGGCGAUGGCUUCCAGAGCUCUGUCCAGCCACAAGUUUGAACAGAGGAUGUGGGGACCUCCCACAGGACCCUGCUCCAGCCCAGAUCAAUGUCUGCUCUCCCUGUACACCCCAAACCCACCUCUGUUGUCUCCAUCCAUGCCAGGAUUAAUUCUGGAAUCAGAGGCUACCCCUGCCCUUGAGGGAGAGGACCUUGACUGGCAAGAGAAGCUCAGGCUUAGAGAUGUCUGGACUUUGACCCUCCACCUUGAGGACCAGCCCUCCCUUUGCAUCCAUUACCCAUCAAGCUGUCUGGAAACUCCAACCCCUGAGAAGGUCUGUAGAGAGAGAGGAGACAACACACACACACACACACACACACACACACACACACACACACACAAGAGUCCCCAACUUGACUUCCCCAUGAUUCCAGGCAAGCAGCCACUGAGGAGUUCUAGCUUACCUAAAAAACAUCAGGCCCUGGAGCAGACUCAUCCCAGGUGGCAGGUCCCUAAAGCAAGGAAGGCCUCAACACUGUCCAGCACACUCCAGCCUGAAUUGCCUACUGGGUUCUCAGGGGCAGAGAGGUCCUGGCAGAAAGUCUUACCUAGCGAGCAGGGCUAACCAUGUCCAGCCAAGCUGUGCUCUGGGUCUUGCAUCCCAGGCCUCAAUCCCACUCCCAACUUGUUUGUACCUAGAAGAAAACAACCUUGACCCAAAAGAAAAGGUAGCUCCACCAAGCAUCUAAACCUCUGACAGGUGGUGGUCUGUGUGUACAGAAGCCCAACCCUCUGCUAGUGUGAUGUCAUCAGGACCCUGCCACCAGGGUCUGGACCUCACAUUCCUCACAGAAGGGGACAAGACCUCCAGGAGGUCCCGCGGAGUCUCUGGUGAGGUGUGCAACGGCAAAGCGGUGUCCAAGCAGAGGUCAAAUGUCCUGGUUACAGUUUCUCUUGUCCCACCCUUACUGGAGGGAAAAAAAUUCUCUCUUGGAAGUAGCUGAGGUAACCUUCCAGUUCCCUGCACCCAGAGGGGCCUUCUCACCUCUUCUCAGGAAACAGCUAUGACCCAUCGCCCUCCUACCUGCUUCGCUACUGGUUCAUGGUGCGGACUGUCCCAACUCACCAAGAAAGGUACUUUCAGGGUCCCAGCACCUAGCACUAUGUAAGCCAUCCCAGACAACUCCCCUUCCUGAUACCCAAAUGGGGGUGGAAAUAGAAAGUCACCCCGCCCCCAUCAACUCCUUUCUCAUCCCCGAUUAACAGUGAAGGCUGAGUCUGUCUGGGUACCACAGUGAGCCUAGGCAGCCCGGGCUGGAAAAAAGGAAAAAGAAAAAGAAAAGAAACUGGGUCCUUAUUUGCAAGGCUACUUUUAAGUGCUACUUGAAAGCACGGGCUAAAAAGAAAGCACAAGGAACCUGAGGGAUUGAUACAGUGUUACUGUAUGUGUGGGGGUGGGUACCGAUCCUUUGUGACAUUGUUACCCUGAGGUACCCUACCUGCUGUGAGCAGGUCUUCCUGACGUGGGCUCCACACCGCCGAGGGAGAGGAGAGGGCCUGCUUUGCACUAUAGGCUGCUUCUGUGUUUGUUUUUUAUGCACAACUUGCUUGUACAGGUCAACUGU